AUGUACAUACAUGAAAUCAUCUUAGAUGGAUUCAAGUCCUACUCCUCGCGGGUGGUGGUGGGACCCCUCCAUCCCCAGUUUAACGCCAUUACUGGUCUCAACGGUACAGGCAAAUCAAAUGUACUCGACUCAAUCUGCUUUGUCCUUGGGAUCUCAAACCACUCUUUGGUUCGCGUUGCUAGGCUGGAGGACUUAGUCUAUAAGCAGGGGCAGGCAGGAAUAACGAAGGCCACAGUAACCAUCAAACUCAAAAAUGACCCCAACCAACCAAACAAUCCUCUUCCUCCCCCGUACAAGGAUAUGAGAGAGAUCUCCAUUACGCGGCAAAUCAUAAUCGGGGGCAGAGAUCGGUACUUACUCAACAGUCGCAUCGCGCAGGUGAAAGAAAUUCGAGAUUUCUUCCAAUGUUGCCAACUCAAUAUCAAUAGCCCACAUUUCAUGAUCCAGCAGGGAAAGAUUACCAAGGUGAUCAACAUGAAGCCCAAGGAGCUGCUAGGGCUUAUAGAGGAGGUUUCGGGCACUCGGAUGUACGAAGUGAAGCGGGCAAACGCGGUCAAGCUUGUGGAAAAGAAAGAGCAGAAACUCAUGGAAAUACAGAACAUCUUAUCGGAGGAAAUAGAGCCCAAUGUACAACGGCUUCAAAAGGAGAAAGCUGAUUAUCAGAGCUACGUCACCCUGAAGGAAGCAUUACAACACUUCCAAAGAUUUGACACGGCAUACCGCUACUACUGUGCAAAACAAACUGUGCAACAAGAGGUAGAGGCCUUUGCCGAUCUACAGCGGCAGAGGGCAGCCUUAAUGGCGGAGCUACAGGAGGCCGACAGGCAAAAGGACGAGGCUGAACAGCGUCUAGAGGCUCUUCAGGCAACAAGACUGGAGAAGGACGCGCCCCUAAAGGCCUUACGGAAGAAGAAGGAAGAAGGAGAAAAAGCUCUGUCGCGCCUGCAAGCAGACGCCCGUAGCUGCAAGCGGGAUCUAGAGAUGCUGCACGCUUCUGUUAAAGAGCAGGAGAAGGAGGAGCAACGUCUAGAAAAAGCUCUGGAGGACAGGCGGAACUCGCGGUCAGCGGAGGCAGCGGAAGCUGAGCAGCUGGCAGAGGAAGUCGAGCGGCUCAGAGCUGACCUAAAAGAGAAAUCUGAAAAGCUUCAGGCAGUCAGCAGCGGUGGCGUGGGGGGCUCUGGCUCCAUUCGGGAUUCUCUCAAGACUGGUCGAUCAGAGGAAGCCAAGCUAGAGGCUAUGGAUUUCUCCAUUAUGCAAGAUAUCAGCUAUCACAAGAAUGAGCUCCAGGAAUUGAUUGCAAAAGACAAAAACGCAUCUGCGGAUAGGCACAAAAUGGAGAAAAACGUCCAGGAGCAAAGGACUCGUGUAAUGGAGCUGAAAGCGCAACUGGAGGCCCUCGAGACCACCGACGGGUCGAGCAAGGAACUCGAGGCGAAGCACACGGAACUUCAGGAGAGAUUUCGUGCGCUAUCAGCGGAGGCGCAGGAGGCCCUGCAGGAACUACGGGCGUGGGCCAAGAUUGACGUAAAGCUCCCCCGUGAACUAAAUCCAUCGCGCUUUCUCGGUCAGAUCUUUGAGCUGGUAUCCAUCAAGCGAGAGUUCCUUUCUUACAGCAAAGCCAUGCAGGUGAGCUCUGAAACAUGAGGAAAGGCUACGACCUUCAAGCAGUGCUUGCUAGACAGUACAACACGAACGUCUUGCUACCUUUGAGAACGGUACUUUGUUUGCUGGUAGGUCCUUGUGGGGGGCAAGCUCGAGUACAUCGUGGUAAAAGACAAAGACGCCAGUAAAGCCAUCUUUAAGGAGAACGGCUUUGCCUAUGGCCGGCGUAGAGUGACACUCCUGCCUUUGUCGGACUGCCACGUCGGCAGAGUGUGCGACGCCCAAGCAUUAGCAGCGAAUCGACGCCUUCUGGGUCUCCCGCCAGACGAUGUGAAGGGCGUGUUGCGCUGCUUGGACAUGGUGGAGUUCGACCCCCAUAAGCAUACCAAAGUGGCAGAGUACGCUUUCGGAGGAGGCUUGAUAUGCCGCACAGCUGCCAUGGCACAGAAGAUAACGUAUCAAAAGAACUAUCGACUGGCCUUUCCUACGGCCACUGAAGAGGGAGAUGUCUUCCAGACAGGAGGCAUCAUGGCGGGAGGCAGCGUGCGAGACGUACGACAAACGAUGCUCUCGUGGAAGCGCUAUAAAGAUGCAGCGGAGGCAGCAGACGAGGUUGCAGCCCGAAUCAGAACGCUAGAGGCAGAACUGGCUCCUAUUCAGGCUCGUGCAGCGCAGUCAGCGAGCCUUCUGAAGAGCCUCCGUCUGGCCGAAAACCAGCUGCAAAAUACGGAGCGCUUACUCAGCAGCAGUGACGCAGGCUCUUGCCGUGCCCGGAUUGAAGAACUGGGCAAACUGCUCGAGGAAAAAGAACAGCUGCGAAAAGAGGUGACUGAAAAACGGAAAGGGGUGCAGAAAACCAUAAAGCAGCUGGAGGCUGAGAUUUACGAUCUUGAGACAAACAAGGACAAAAUUGAAGCUGCCCUCAACAAAACGGUGAAGUCUCUGCGUUCUCAGCUGAAGUGCUCCGAGAACCGCCUUGAGAAGCUGCAUCUGAAAACGGGAGAUGUGCGCCUCCAGCUGCAGACCAUGCAGCAGGAGCUCGAGGGAGCCCGCAGCGAUUUGGCUGCACGUAGGGAAAAGGUGCAAGUGCAGCAGCAGCAACUCGAUAAGAAAAAUACUGAUAUAGAGAAAAAGUUGGCAGAACAACGAGCACUAGAAGCAGAAUUACUGCAAAGCGCUGAGGAGGCACAGAAGGAAAAUCAGCAGCAGAGUCGGGUCGCGGACUCUUUGAAGAAAAUAUCCAAAACCAAGGAGGCAAAAUCGCUAGCGCUUAAAAAGCUUGAUCUCGAAGCGGAGGAUCGUGAAAAGACGCUUUCUGCAACACGAGGCGAAGUGAAGCAGCUGCUUGCGGUGCAUGAAUGGCUCCUUGCUGAGGAACCCAAAUUCAAUCAAACGGGUACACCCUACGACUUUAAACAGCUGCGGCCAGAGACCGCUCGCCAGCGCAUUCACCAGUUAAAAUCUGAUAUAGACAGGCUAGGCAACAGCAUAAACAGUUCCGCUGGAAUGAUGCUUGAAAAGACAGAGGCUGAGCUGCAAACUCUUUUACACCGCAAGGCGCAAGUAGAGGCGGAUCGGGAGAAGAUCAGAGAAGUAAUCGCUUCCUUGGAUGAAAAAAAACAGAAUUCUCUAAGGAAUGCAUGGCGCCUCGUUGACGGGAACUUCUCAACAAUCUUCGAACAACUCCUGCCCAACGCGCAGGCUAAAUUGGUGCAGAUGGACUCAGAAGACUUGGAGAAAGGACUGGAAAUGAAGAUAGCCUUUCAUCAUAAGUGGAAGGAAUCUUUAUCGGAAUUGUCUGGAGGACAGCGAUCACUUUUGGCGCUUUCUCUGAUUCUGGCUCUUCUCAAGGUCAAGCCAGCUCCCGUGUACAUUCUCGACGAAGUCGACGCUGCCUUGGAUCUCUCACAUACACAAAAUAUCGGCAGCAUGAUAAAGACACAGUUCCCCACAUCACAGUUCAUCAUUGUUUCACUAAAGGAAGGGAUGUUUUCGCAUGCGGAUGUUCUCUUUCGGACGCGGCUGGUUGACGGGACUUCUGGGGUGGAGCGUCAUGCUUUGGCUGACAGAAUUGACCCUCAGAAGGGCACCACAUUGCCCGUAGGGGGUCCCUCUCGCAAGCGAAGCCGCAAAGCAGCGGCAAUCGAGAGUCGGACUGAUGAAUCCGAGUGA